UGCCCCUUUAAACAGCACACGUCUCUCCCACCGUCCUGCUCUCUCUCUCUUCCCCAUUUCGCUGCUUUGUUUUCAUUGUCGCUCUUUUUUUUUGGUCAUGGCUGCUCAUUCAACUGAAGAGCCGUUCCCCUUUCACGGGCUGCUCCCCAAGAAAGAAACCGGCGCCUCGUCUUAUCUCACCAGGUUCCCCGAGUACGAUGGCCGAGGAGUGCUUAUCGCUAUCCUCGACACCGGCGUGGACCCCGGGGCCCCCGGCAUGCAGGUUACAACUGAAGGGAAGCCAAAGAUCAUUGACAUCAUUGACACAACAGGCAGCGGCGAUGUGAAUAUGACCACGUUGGCGGAACCCAAAGAUGGGACAAUCGCUGGCCUCUCUGGAAGGAUACUUCAGAUUCCUCCUGCCUGGGUCAAUCCAUCAGGGAAGUAUCGCAUUGGAGUUAAAAAUGGCUAUGAAUUUUUCCCAAAGGCGCUCAAAGAAAGAAUACAGAAAGAACGAAAGGAAAAGAUGUGGGACCCACCACACAGAGCGGCAAUGGCUGAGGUUUCACGCAAAACAGAAGAGUUUGACCUCUCUCAUCCAACACCCUCACAGACGGAGAAGUUGCAGAAAGAAGAGCUGCAGAGUCAGUCAGAGCUGCUGGCAUCACUAGAAAAGAAGUACAGUGAUCCUGGUCCUGUUUAUGACUGUGUACUUUGGGAUGACGGCGUCAAUUGGAAGGCUGUGGUUGACACUUCAGAGUGUGGCGAUCUGUCCCAGUGCACUGUGCUGAGAUCUUACAGAGAGUCUCAAGAGUAUGCCACGUUAGGAAAUGCUGAGAUGCUUAACUACUCCGUCAAUAUUUACGAUGAGGGAAACACUCUCUGCAUCGUCACCAGUGGAGGGGCUCAUGGGACACACGUGGCAAGCAUUGCAGCAGGUUACUUCCCAGAGGAACCUGAGCGCAACGGUGUGGCGCCUGGUGCCCAAAUCCUGGCUCUGAAGAUUGGAGACACCCGUCUCAGCACCAUGGAAACUGGCACAGGACUCAUCCGUGCUAUGAUUGAAGUCAUAAACUACAAGUGUGACCUGGUGAAUUAUAGCUAUGGGGAAGCUACACACUGGCCCAAUUCCGGGAGGAUUUGCGAGGUGAUCACAGAGGCUGUGCAGAAGCACAAUGUGAUGUUUGUUUCAAGUGCAGGAAAUAACGGCCCCUGCCUUUCCACGGUUGGCUGCCCAGGGGGAACCACCAACAGUGUUAUAGGAGUUGGAGCGUACGUGACUCCGGACAUGAUGGUGGCAGAGUAUUCCCUGAGAGAGAAGCUGCCUCCUAACCAGUACACCUGGUCGUCCAGGGGCCCCAGUACAGAUGGGGCCCUGGGGGUCAGCAUUAGUGCCCCUGGAGGUGCCAUUGCAUCUGUACCCAACUGGACUCUUCGUGGGACCCAGCUGAUGAACGGCACAUCCAUGUCAUCGCCUAACGCCUGCGGAGGCAUCGCACUUAUCCUCUCAGGACUGAAGCAGAAUGGGAUCCCUCCCUCUGUUCCUGCCGUGAGGAGAGCGCUUGAAAACACAGCUCUGAAGGUCGAUGACAUUGAGGUGUUUGCUCAGGGCCAUGGAAUAAUCCAGGUUGACAAGGCAUUAGACUACCUCACUCAACAUGCCUCUUUACCCACAAGCAAUCUUGGCUUCUCAAUAAGCGUAGGAGCACAGAAAGGCAUCUACCUCAGGGACCCAGCCCAAAUUCUUUCACCCUCAGACCAUGGAGUAGGAAUCGAACCUAUCUUCCCAGAGAACACAGGGAACUCUGAGCGAAUCUCCUUGCAGCUACACUUGGCUCUCACAUGUGCCGCCCCGUGGGUUCAGUGCCCCUCCCACCUGGAGCUGAUGAACCAAUGUCGUCACGUCAAUGUCCGCAUCGAUCCUGUGGGACUGAGAGAAGGAGUGCACUACACAGAGGUGUGCGGCUAUGACACAUCGGCUCCGACCUGUGGCCCUCUAUUCAGAGUUCCAAUCACAGUUAUUAUUCCCGCAAAAGUGACAGAUUGUCGAAAUCAGGAGGUGUGUUUCACAGACGUCCACUUCAGACCAGGCCAGAUUAGACGCCACUUCCUCACUGUUCCUCAGGGAGCCUCCUGGGCAGAGAUCACUCUGACCUCUCAUUCAGGAGAUGUGUCAUCGAAAUUCGUCCUCCACGCGGUGCACCUGGUCAAACAGAAAGCGUACAGAGCGAACGAGUUCUACAAGUUCUCUUCACUGUUAGAAAGAGGCUCGUUAACUGAGGCGUUCCCUGUGCUGUCAGGUAGGAUAGUAGAGUUAUGCAUCGCACGCUGGUGGGCGAGCCUUGGUGACGUCACUGUGGACUACAGCGUCUCGUUCCAUGGACUCAACACUUCCCCUUCACCCCUGCACAUUCAUGCCUCAGAGGGAGUAACUAAUUUUGAAGUGUCGUCACCUCUGAGGUACGAAGAGGUGUCCCCCACUAUCACCCUCAAGUCUUGGGUUCAGCCUCUCAGGCCUGUCAGUUCAAAGAUAAAAGCUCUUGGAUUGAGAGAUGUUUUGCCUAAUAACAGACAACUCUACGAGAUUGUUCUCACCUACAACUUUCACCAGCCCAAGAGUGGAGAGGUUACGCCCAGCUGUCCCAUGCUGUGUGAGCUGCUGUAUGAGUCUGAGUUUGACAGUCAGCUCUGGAUGCUGUUUGAUCAGAACAAGAGGCUACUGGGUUCAGGAGACGCCUACCCACACCAGUAUUCUCUGAAGCUGGAAAAGGGCGACUUCACUGUGCGUCUGCAGGUCCGUCACGAGCAGUCUAGUGAGUUAGAGCGCCUUAAGGACCUACCGUUCGUAGUUUCUCACCGUCUGUCCACCACACUCGGUCUGGACGUGUACGAGACGCACCGUGCGGCCCUCAUGGCCAAGAAGAAGGCAAACUCUGUCACCUUGUGCCCGGGCGCCACGCAGCCCUUCUACGUCACAUCUUUGCCAGAUGACAAGAUCCCAAAGGGGACGAGCCCAGGAUGUUAUCUUUCAGGCUCUCUGGUUGUCCCCAAGAGCGAGUAUGGCAAGAAAGCAGGGCAGGCCUCUGCAAAACGACAAGGAAAGUUUAAAAAGGAUAUUGUUCCAGUCGUAUACCAUUUGAUUCCUGCUCCCAACAAAACAAAGAACGGAGGGAAGGAGAAGGACAAGGAGGGAGACAAAGAGAAAGAAGUGAAGGACGAGUUUGCAGAAGCAAUGAGAGACUUGAAGAUCCAGUGGAUGACAAAACUGGACUCCAGCUCCAUCUAUGAAGAACUGAGGGAGAGCUAUUCCGAUUACCUUCCUCUGCACGUGCAACGACUGCACCAGCUGGACUCUGAAAAGGAGCGUGUGAAACGACUCAGGGAAGUGGCCUCAGCAGCCGACAUCGUCAUCUCACAAAUCGACCAGACAGCCUUAGCUGUGUACCUCACCAUGAAGACAGACCCCCGGCCGGAUGCUGCUUCCAUCAAGACUGACAUGGAGAAGCAGAAAUCAUCUCUUCUAGACGCCCUGUGCAGGAAAGGUUGCUCUCUGGCUGACCAGCUCCUGCUGCCCCCUGCACCGCAGGAUGGCGCCUUGGCAACGGGACAGACGGCAGACGAAGAGGUGGUGGAACAGGUGGCCAGUAGCUCUGAUGACUCCCUACAAAACGUGGCUAAGGCCCUGAUGGAUACAUUCUGGGAGGUGCAGAAGUGGGCGGAGCUGACUGACUCUAAGGUGUUGAUGUUUUCAUACAAACACGCUCUUGUGAACAAAAUGUACGGCCGAGCCUUAAAAUACGCCUCAAAGAUGGUGGAGGAGAAGCCAACUAAAGAGAACAUGAGGAACUGCAUCCAGCUUAUGCGUCACCUCAGAUGGACGCACUGCGCCACCUUCAGUGAGAACUGGCUCCCAGUCAUGUACCCUGCAGAGUACACGCCUUUCUAGGCACACACUCACACGUACACACAUACAUGCAUGAGCAGUGUGGCAAUACAUGGUCCAUGAAAUGGUAACUUUAACGUCAUGUCCCUCAGGUUCACAUGGUCUACACAUCUGGAUUUUCACAUUUAGAUGCACCAAAAUGACGGAUAAUGCUUAGUGUAAAUGUUUUGAUGCAUCCACUCCCCACAGCUGGAGGGGUCAUGUGUGUUAAUGUCUCAUUGAACGUCUUAUUUAGUGCUCAAAACUCCUGCCAAGGCUUUGUGAUCUCUUUUGUUUUCUCAGUUGGGUGUUCUCCUUUUGUUUGGAUGUCAUUUUCAAAUUUUCGGAAGCUUUUCCAAGCUGCCACCCUCCGCUGUCUAGACUCCAUCCAUAUCAUACAAAUAUGAUACCCUGAAGCUCUUGUUUUGUGUAAAUACUGUAAAAGGGCCAGUAUAAACUCCCAAGGAUGCAUCCCAAGUAAACCAUAAGAACUGAGACUCUCAUCUACUCUAUUAGAAACUCUUUUAACAGGCCAUCAUGAUCUGAAGAUGAGAGAAUUUGCUGAUUAUGUCUGCCUGAGUUAUCAUGAUCCCUGAGUUACCAGGGCGUCUCAGACAGACUUUUAUAUCUUGUUAUUCUUUAUAUUUUGAUUUUUACACACAGGCAUAGUUGGUUAAACUAAGAUUUUGUCUCGUCUUGUCUAUUUAGGCUCUGACUCGUGUACUCAAAUCAGUGUUGAGGUGCCUUUCUAUAUUUACCUUACCUGAUGCCACAGACAGCAGCAGAAUCAGUACAGUCAGUCAGCCGCUUGCAGUCAUUUCUCCCAUCAGCUUUUGGCAUCAGAUGUUUCAAAGCUCAUACCUGCUGUAUGAUGCGUCCGUGUCCUGCAUGCAGGAAGUCUUUGACUUGGCAGGUAUGUAGAAGCAAAAAAAAAACGCUUACUGGUUGUUGCUUCUACUUACCUGCAGAGGUGUUGGCCACCCACAUCAUGCUGCAGGUCAUUGAGCAGAACAUCUGAUGUCCAUUCAACGGACCUCACUGAAUAAAACAGAUGCAGUUGUGGGCGGCGUUAGAGGCUUCAUUGUAAAAUGUUCACAGUGCUUGAUGUUUUUCUGCAGCAUUUCAAAUGUUGCAUUUGUACACAGUGUCAUAAACUACUGUACAUACACACGUAACAAAACAUAUUGAGAUGCAAUAGGUAUAUAAUACAAAUAUUAUUCUAAGUGAUGUAUUUUGCAUAUAUGCAUGUCUUCUUCUAGUGAGUAAGGAAACAUAUGGUUUUAUUUGGAAGCAGAUUUUAGUUUGUUCGAUUUAGAAGAUUUUUAAUCCCAAAAACAAUUCUGACAAUAUCCACUUUUUUUUUUCGUGUGUGUGUGUGAUUUAUGAAUGUCUUCAUGUGUACUUGUGAGCAUAUUUUGUGCACAUGGGCUAAACUGAAAUGAAAAGCGUUUAGAGGGCUUAAGCAUGACCUUGUUUUGUUUUUCUUCCUUCUUUACGUUUACUUUAAAGGACUUUGCAGUUUUUAGAACCAUAUUGAUUUGAGUCAAUACAGAGCAGUUGAAAACCUUUAACGCUGUACCCUCCAAAAUAUUACCCGUUACAAAACUGAGUGCAGACUUGAUGUUCACAGUGAAAAAGUAAAUCAAAGAAUUAAAAAAGUAAUUAAAGAGUAGUUUUCAUAUUUAGUAUCUUGCUACUCGAAAACUGUUGAACUGGAAAGUGAUUUUUAUUUUUUUUUACCAAGUGUGAAAAAUAUCAGUGCUGCAGAAUGUCAGAUACCGCUCUAUUACCCCACACAUUUAUUUCCCUUCCUGGUCAAAUAUCCUAUCUAUGCUACCAACAGUGUAACUCAGCCACUGACUGAUUGGAUAUUCUAGCGGGCUAUGCUAGUAGGUGCUAAUGUAGCCUUGGGCAGCUAGCCUCAAGCAAAGAUGGAUUACAGUCUUGUAAGCCUGUCUCUUUUUAACAACACCUGCCCAGAUUUUUUUAAGUGAAAUGUUCAUUUCCAGCUUUUUCCACAUUAUGAAUAAGGACUCGCUCAGACGGGAUAUAGACAAUCGUUUAUGUGUGAAAUCAGUGGAGUUCCCCUUACAGCAAGUUUGAGGAGUUAACCGUUUAUCAUGACGGCAGAGAAUGGCAGAAAAAAAAGCAUGUUAAAAUAUGGAAAUGCACAAAAGGCAUUUGUAAAUGAUAAGCAUACCUUUCAGGUGUACAUGAUAAGUAAAUGAGGAAAGAAAAAACUGGUGCAAUCCUUUAAAAUCUCUCACCUGAAUCAUGUAACACACAAGGAAACAUGGCGGUUUGUUUUCACUGUGCCAAUGAGACAAAGGACAAUUGAAAGAUACUACAUUUGAAAUUCUCAUCUUUAAUAUUAGUGAUUCAUCCUGCAUGCUAAAGAAUGUAAAACCCCUUCCACUUACCUGAUUUGUGUGUGUGUGUGUCUGAAAACAUUUUGAAUCUUGGGUUUCAUCCUUCUGCUUUGUCCUCUAUCUCCUCUUUCGUUUUUAUUUCUGGUUCAUACACAUGUUAGGUUCAGGGCUCAGCUGUCCACUGUAAGCGUUGCCAAUGACAGUCUCUCCGAAAAAUGGCCUUAACCUUCACCAGGGGACUGUACCGUCCAUUUGUGACACCUCUGUUGCUCUCACUCUGCAGGUGUCAGGAAACACUUCAUAAAUGCUUCUACUGGAUGUUGAGUGUUUAUAUUUAUAGUCAUCAAAUGUAGUAAAUGCCAAUAUUUUACAGAAUGUUCUGAGAUGAGGUUGUAUGCUCUUAGUAUUAUUUUAUAUCCAUUCUUCCUUGAUGACGUGGGGAAAUACCUGAGCUAAUGUCACACUAUUUUAUGGUCACAUUGAAUUUUAAAAAAGGAAAACAUCACUGAAUUAAAAAAAGAUUUGGAAGAAAAAAAAAAA